AUGUUUGGCGUCGACGACGUGCAAAACGCGACUUCAGCAGCUGUUACCAACCCGCCGGGACUCGGGAACUUCAAAUUCGGAAAACUCGUGAUCUUCGACGAUCCGGUGACCAUAGACAAAAACUACCUAUCCGAGCCUGUGGCACGUGCUCAAGGUUUCUAUUUCUACGACAUGAAGAACGAUUACAAUGCGUGGUUCUCGUACACACUUGUGUUCAACUCGACUCAACACAAAGGGACGUUGAACAUAAUGGGAGCUGAUCUUAUGAUGGAGAAGACAAGAGAUUUGUCUGUGGUCGGAGGGACCGGCGAUUUCUUCAUGUCUCGAGGGAUUGUUACCUUUGAGACUGAUACCUUUGAAGGUGCUAAGUAUUUUAGGGUCAAGAUGGAUAUUAAACUCUAUGAAUGUUACUAA